UCAAGUCCAAAUAGACCCUACAGUCAGAAAACUUAUAUAGUGCGGUGAGUGAGGUGAGUGAGAAAGUGAGGUUCGAUCUUAACAUAAAAAAAUAUUUUUCUGAUUUUAAACAAAAUAAGAUUCUUGACAACAAGGUGCUGUCACCAUCACCAACAAAAAAAAUGGAACCCUCGUUUUCCAAUACUAACAAAUCGGAACUUCAGAACCAACUACGAGUAGAGAGAGCUCUGCAAGAUAAAUAUUUAAAAGAAUUUUCUUCAAUGGCGGAUGAGCUAAAUCACUUAAUUGAUGGCACUACUCCCAGCCAUAUUGAGACUUAUGAAUAUUUGGACACUGUCGACACUGAAAGCGGUCGUUCUCUCGAAGAAGAGAAAAAGUUAACUAACUUUUUCUAUAAAUUGAAGAGCGAUCUACAGAAAUUAUAUAGAGAAAUCGUAGAGAACCCAAAAUAUUUAAACGAAAUCAGGGAUUCAACUAUUAUAAGGGACAAUAUAGAUUUACUGGAUGAAGUAGACGCUUUUGAAGGUUCGAUGAAUAUGCUUUGACGGACAGGUGGGAUUUGAAAAAUGUAAAAAAAUUCGGGUGUUACUUUAUUUUUUAUGGUUAAAAAAUAAUAAAAGAAACAGGU